AUGCCGCACCCAUCACAACACCCCGUCGUCAUCGGCGACCCGGAUCUAAAAGUCAAGAUCAUGGAGUUUGAGAACGAAGACGACUUUCUGCUCCAGCAGCGACGAAGCCCCACCCUACGACACAGAAUGCGGGCGCUACUCCGUCGAAUGCGAUACGGUCCGUUCGGAAGACUGCGUAACAUGCUGUUCUUCCUCGGGAUCCUCCUCAUCUUUGGCUGGAUCAUGCUCCCAUACGACAACGUUGUCCGGCUAGGCAUCCGAUUCAAUGUCAAGAAAUUCCAACAUUACCUCAACUCACACCCCGUCGAGAACUGGCUAUUUGCGCCACCAGCAUACCCAGUCGAUCUGGGCACAGACACUGUCGUCAUCGUCAAGACCGGAUACGGCACGCGCAUACGAGCAAACGCCUGGUUCGAAGCUCUCAGCGCCUCCAACGAGUUCCGCGACUUCCUCGUUAUCGCCGACUAUGCCUCCAAGCCAGGCCAAGAGGCCAAUAACCACGGCACGCCUCUGCCGAUACACAACGUUGUCAACCAGACCUUGAGCUCCUUGGGACCAGCCGCCAGCUUGUCGAACCCACGAGUCGCAAAAUACCUUCGAUUUGCCGAAGCGAUAGAGAAUGGGGAGGAAGAAGCAGACCAGCUCGCCAAGUCCACAGGAUGGGAGAUUGAUGCGCUCAAGUUCAUCUCUGGCCUCGAACUCGCCUACUCCAAGUUCCCCAACAAGAAGUGGUACCUCCUCGUCGACGAUGACACUUACCUCGUCCAACCAUCGUUAAAACCCCUCCUUGCCCACCUCGACUCCGAGGUCCCAUACUACAUCGGCAACGCAGUCGGCGACUUCCGCAUCCGCUUCGCCCACGGCGGCUCCGGCAUCAUCUUAUCACAAGGCGCCAUGUCCUCCCUCAUUCUCGAUAACCCCCACGCCGUGCGCACCGCUCACCUCGAAUCCCUGUCGGAAACCUGGGGCGACCGUCUUCUAGCCAGGACGCUGAUAAGAGCCGGGGUGUAUCUGGACGAGGAGUACAGCCAUUUGUUCAGCGGCGAACCGCCACGGUGGACCAAGAUUCGCCCAGACAGGUUCUGCUGUCCUAUCAUCACGUUUCACGGGCUGGGACAACCAGAGAAGAUGCACCGGGCUGGCGAGAGCUUCAGGAAUGUGAGCAAGCCGCUACUGUGGAGCGAUAUUUGGGAUGUGUAUGGAAUGUCGAGGCCUUGGAGGCAGAGUACCUUGACGAGCGAUCAACUGGCGAAGCCGAUAGAAUAUGCGAAUUGGGAUCAUGCGGGGGGUAGUGGUGGGGAGGUGGCGGUGGUCGAGGGGGUUGAGAAGGCGGGAGAGUGUGGGAAGAAGUGCUAUGAGAGGGGGAGCGAGUGCAUGGCUUGGACGUGGGAGGAGGAGACGAGGAGGUGUCAUUUGAGUCCGUGGAUGAUAGUAGGAGAAAAGGUGGAGGGGAAGGUGAGCGGACCGAAUGGGAAGCUGGCCAGGGAGUUGGAGAUGGGUUGUUUGAAGUAUUAG